AUGAGUAAUCUCGGAAGUGCUGUUCCAGCAACCGCCGCUGGUCCUCAGCAGAACUCGAAACCUCCAAUCGCAGCUUUAGCAGUUGGGCAUCUUCCGCUUCAAAGUGUUGCAUCUGGGACGGAAGGACAAUCACAACCGCCAACAAUUAGAGGUGGCAUGCAUAUCAAUGCCGGCUCCCAAGUGCAAGGACCAAACCAGCCUGGACAACAAAGAAUACAUGCCCAAGGACAGCCAUCACCUGCGCAGCCGAUAGUGCGUCAACCCAUGCAAGGAUGCGGAUGUAUACUCGGCACUCCUUGUCCCCACGUACCUCCCCCAAAUCCCAAUCCUCUCCUUAGAUGCGUGAAGUUCCUAGCCUGCUGGGAAUGUGGACCUAUUGGAACUAUCAUCGCUGCCUGCACGUUCGCGAUUGGCACUGUCAUUUCUUAUUAUGGUAUAAAGUUGGCAAUUUGGACUGCCACCAAGGACUAUAUCGAACAUUGUCAGGCAGAUGAGGAGGCACAGCGAGCGACGGUCCAAUGUAAGAAAGCAGCUGGUCAACCUCUACCUCCCCCACCAUUCUUCGAAUUCGAUCGUACAAACAAUACUGUUGUUCAUCGAACAUUGGGCGGUAUGCUAUUAGGGUCUACUGAGUCCAGUACCCAUAAUAGCAAUUAUAUCUGGGCAUAUGCGUUAUUGUGUUCUGCAAUCAGCUGGCUAGUUCUGUUUGCAAUACACUAUUAUGCAUGGGGUAUACCUUGCACACCACGCAUAUUAUCAGAAGCCGUGCGAAAUAGUAUUGCGAAUUCUUCAGCCGAACUUUGGCUAAGAACUACAUCACUUAUUACGGGAAUUCAACGCAAAUUCGCCAGAGUUUUUACCACAAUAGGCAGUUAUUCUGGCAUCACAACAGGGUCCCAUCGAGAUGAUGAAUCUCCUGAAUUAUCUGAGGAGGCAUGUCGAAACCUAGAGCUGCAACGUACUCGGGAUGAAGAUAAAACAGCUCCUAAACCAUUACAUCCUCAAUAUUACAUUCGUAACGAUUAUCGUUACAGCGCGGAAGUUUCGUCGUCUGCGUUAGCAGAACGUCAAUACACUAGCCCUCAAUAUUACAUUCGUAACGAAUAUGGUUACAGCGCAGUAGUUGAAGAGAGAAGUGCUGAAAGAUUUGUUGAUUGUUACCAUGAAGACUCAGAUUGGUGGGAGGGAAUUGGCGACGCUGUUGCAGUUUGCUUUGGUCUUCUUGAACACACCGGAAUCAAUGCUGGAGGUAAUCUUAUUGCUCUCUAUUUUGCUGAUGGGAUGCCAAAUAUCGUCGAGUUCCUCAAAGAUAUGUAUAGCUGGGGCAAUAUAAUGCAGGACACAGCAAAUACAUUCUCUAUGGCUGUAGUUACGGAUACCUGUCUCCCGUUUCGUUUUCCGCUGAGUACGGAUUUAUGGGCGAAAGGUACAGUCAAAACCGAACGUCCAUUAGCUCUAAACGAAAUUGGAUGUUUAGGGUACCUCGAGAUUUUGGAAUCAAUUCCUUGUUUUGAUAAUGAUACUACCGCAGAAGCUCCUGCAUGGAUUUUAUUCGCAAGAUGGACUAAAAAUCGGGCUCCAGGAUGGUUACGACCCCGCUCUCUGAGUGAAUCUAUGUUUGUCGAAUGUCUUGAUGGCAUCCAAACGAUUGAAGGAAUUCGACCCAUCACUACAUACAUACUUGCCGAUGCCCCAAAGAAAUUCGGAAAGCGAAAUGGAAUUAAAGUUGAAUGA